CUUAAUUAAAAGCUCAGAACUAUUUACCAAAUAUCAGUUGAAUUUUAUUUGCCGCGGACCUGUAAAAAAUUCAAGAUGUCGCUGAAACAGGCAGUUCAUGAAAAGAUUAUGUCAGAUGUUGUCCAGGCGGUAAAAAAGAACGGAGAAUGGAAGGUGAUGAUAGUAGACCAGCUGAGCAUGAGAAUGAUAUCAUCAUGUUGCAAGAUGCACGAAAUUAUGUCAGAGGGAAUCACAUUGGUAGAAGAUAUAAAUAAAAGAAGGGAAAGAUUACCAAAAUUGGAUGCUGUGUAUUUGAUUACUCCAACGGAGAAGUCUGUCAAUUUAUUGAAGCAAGAUUUUAACCAUCCUACCAACACACAGUACAGAUCUGCACAUGUCUUCUUUUCAGAAGCAUGUCCAGAUGUUCUUUUCAAUGAAUUAUGCAAGUCAGCAAGUGCUAAAUAUAUAAAGACUCUAAAGGAAAUAAAUAUCGCUUUUCUGCCGUAUGAAUCUCAGGUGUAUCAUCUUGAUUCUGCAGAGACAUUCCAGUAUUACUACAAUCCUCUGAGACAGUCUGGUCGCACUAUGAAUCUAGAGCGCUGUGCUGAACAGAUAGCAACACUGUGUGCUUCGCUGGGGGAGUAUCCCAGUGUCAGAUAUAGAAGUGAGUUUGACAGGAACGCUGAAUUUGCUCAGAUGGUGCAGCAGAAGUUAGAUGCAUACAGGGCUGAUGACCACACUAUGGGGGAGGGGCCACAGAAGGACCGCUCCCAGCUUCUAAUUAUAGACAGAGGAUUUGACCCUAUCUCACCCCUUCUGCAUGAACUGACAUUUCAAGCCAUGGCUUACGAUCUCUUACCAAUAAUAAAUGAUGUUUAUAAAUAUGAUAACACCAGUGGAGAAAUCCAUGAGAAGGAGGCUCUUCUGGAUGAGAAUGAUGAAUUAUGGGUUGGUUUACGACAUCAGCACAUUGCUAUUGUGUCCCAGCAAGUUACAAAGCAGUUAAAACAGUUUGCCCAAGACAAGCGAAUGAACGAUGGGGAAAAGGCCAACAUUCGAGACCUGUCCCAGAUGUUGAAGAAGAUGCCACAGUACCAGAAGGAACUCAGCAAGUACUCUACACAUCUCCACCUGGCAGAGGACUGCAUGAACAAGUACCAGAAACACGUCGAUCGACUGUGUAAAGUAGAGCAGGACUUAGCCAUGGGAACAGACCCCGAGGGAGAGAAGAUCAAAGAUCACAUGAGAAACAUUGUACCUAUCCUCCUGGACCAAAACAUCAUGGCAUAUGACAAAGUUCGCAUCAUUCUGCUCUAUGUUAUCCAUAAAGGGGGAAUAACAGAGGAAAAUCUGGCUAAGCUUGUGCAGCACGCUCAGAUCCCUGUGGAUGUCAAGUGUAUUAUAACCAACAUGCAGAACCUGGGUGUUCCAAUUAUUCAAGAUCCACAAGGUAACAAAACUUUUAGCGUUGGAAUAAUUGAGGAUUACGGAACAUUUCACGGCAUUGCCCAGGGAGGGAAAAAGAAGUCCCAGCCCUACCAACCAUUCAACAGAAAAACCAAGAUUGCUGAGAACACGUACCAAAUGUCACGCUGGACCCCCUACAUCAAGGACAUCAUGGAGGAGGCUGUAGAAGAUAAACUGGAUUCCCGACAAUUUCCUUUCUUGUCGGGUGGAGCCCCACGAUCAGGUGGAGGAUACAGAGGUCCGCCAAUCAGUGCUCGAUAUGGACACUGGCAUAAAGACAAAAGUCAGGCCGGCUACAAGAGUGGACCAAGGUUACUUAUUUUUAUCAUCGGAGGUGUGUCAUACUCAGAGAUGAGGUGUGCAUAUCAGGUCACGCAGGCAUGCAAGAACUGGGAAAUCUUGAUAGGAUCCACCCACCUGCUGACCCCAGAGGGAUUCUUAGAAGACUUGAAAGGCCUGUCCAACACUCCUGGAAACUGACCGUUACAUUUUCUCAAACAUUGAUUAAUUAAACAAACUAAGGCUAAGCGACCAGCCGUGGAAUUACAUAGUCUAGUUUUGAAUAGUGCUGCCAUUGUUAUUUCUUUGCUUUGUUUGAAAACGUCAUUCACAGGUUAACUUAAAUGUUCUCUUUGAUUAGAAAUGUUAGAUUCCAAUUAAUAUAAAUAUGCUAUGUAUCACUUUAGUUUGGAAACUUGAAUUGCAUUAAUUUCACUUAGAAGCUUAUUGUAAGCCAGCGAUUGUGGUCCAAAGUCUUCAGAAUAUACUGCUUAAUGGCAACGCCCAAAAAGAUAAUGAAAAGCAUGGAACUCUAACCUUUGUGGAAAUUCCUGUGUAAUUCAGUUUAUCCCAACAGUAGGGGUUACAACCAAAGUAUUAGUAAAUAUUAUUGUUACAUUGUCACACGAUUGUUAUAUUUCAUUAUGUGUUAUAUGAUUUGGUACUAUACGUAAAAUGUAUAGGAGACAUUUUGUUAAUGCAUUAUUUCAAUGUUUUAGUAUAUUUGAUAUUUUUACGUAGUUUGUAUAUAGGAUAGGUCUGUGUAGAGUCUUAUGUGCAAUAUUGAUUUUCCUUCAUUUUCUACACAGAUAGAUGUAAAGCACCAAUACUCUGUAUAUAAAAGCAGCCAUUUUAUUUUGUGUCGACCUCUUUGUACUUUCAUCUGCUUAAAUGUAAUUUGCACAUGUAUUUGCUGUUUUAUAGGUGAAUGAUAGAAUGGUUUAUUUAUUUAGUGACAGAUGUAUGUGUGGCAAGUUUCUAAUCUAUCAAUAUGUAGUUCUUGAUAAGUGAUUUGUCACAAGGAGAUGUUCAACAGAUUUCAUACAUGUAUAACCUUAUCUCAUGACUUGAGGCAUUCAAAAUCAAUCCUUCACUGUGCUAUUUUGUGAUAUUUUGAACAGAUUGCAUAUUUGUGUUAUUUUUUUGCUGCAGUAAUUUCAGGGCUCUCUAGGACUCUGUAGAGCUACUUUAUAUACCGUACAUUAUGGAAGUUUCACAAGAUCGUCUGUUUGUCAGAUGGAGAAUACGCAAUAUGCAUUGUUCUAUAGGGACACAUUACAGGUGGUUAUUAAUGGUCUGGUUAACAGAGGAAAAAAGGGAUACUAUAAGAUUAUGCUGAAUACAUACAUUUACAUUGUGCAAUUACAAGCAAGUAAAACCUUUCUUUUUAUUAAUAAGGAAUCAUCAAUGUUUUGAUACCACUGUACAUGUCAGGCUGGAAGUUUCUAAGACCAAACAGGUUUUGAUGAUUGUGGGGUGUAAUUAUGAUUUAAAGGUAUUGUCCAUCUAGAAAUGCUUUUUAAAUUCAUUCCCUCCCAUAUGUAAAUUUGACCUUUGGUUAAGAUGAUUGUUAUAAAUGUACAUAAAAAUAUUUAACAGCUAUUGUAUAGGAGUAAGAAGACGUCGGUGAGAUCUGUCGACUUUUGAAAAAUCCUGUACAUCUGAGGCCAGACUGGCUCUUUCACAUAAAUGAUCCUGACUUCAUCCCCAUUAAGAUGCUGUCCCUAUACAUUGUAUAAGUAAUAUAUAGAUAUUUACAGUUUCUAAAAAUAGCUGAUGUACAGUAGUUUUAUCUUUCACAAACGGUUUAGGAAGAUAUUUCAAGGUUCGAAGUCUUGUAUAACAAAUGAUGAAUUGAUGUCUCCUGUUUGUAUUUGUGGUAGACCUGUUUGAAACCAUACCCUUGAAUGACCCAUCACCCCUCCCUUCCUCUCAACCACCAACCAGUUCUUUUAAUGUGUGAAAUUUUCUCCAUGCUCUUAUAUGUGUCAGGUUCAAUGAAAACCAAAGAACUAUGUUAUGUCAAUUAUGCCACAUGAUGUUUUUCAUGUGGUGGAUCAAUGUGUUUCCUCCUCUCAGAACCGAGGACUUUGAAAUAUCUCCCUAAGCCUGGAUUAUACAUUCCCUUCUGAGUGUACAGUGUUGUGGCAAAUGAAAUAAACAACAAACUAUGAA